GGACAAGCUAUCGUCACAUAUCACGUCACACACACACACACACACAGUUGGCUGUUGUUGUGAGGACAAAGAUGGCAACGCUGGCGGCCAUGCUGGCGCUGGUGCUGGGCUUGGCAUUGCUUGCCGUGGACACAGCAGAAGCGCAACCGGACCUGUUUCGCCGCAUCUACACGGGGCUGGACGGGAACCAGGACCUCAACACAUGCACGCGGCUGUUGAGCGUGGACAAGGUCAUCGGGUGCUCAUCACCCGAGGAUGGUGGUGUGGGCGCGCUGUUCCACAUCAGCAGCGACCAGGAGCUGGACAACUUUGAUCGGGCGGACCACCACAGCUACAUCACCGUCAUCAGCCAGGACAUGUUUGCCAAGCCGACCACGCUGCAGCGACUGGGCGACUACAACAAAUUCAAGGGCGCCUUGGUGUACUCCCCCGAGAACACCACGGCAUCCCCGUGGUCACCAGAUGACACGUCGCCCAACGCCGACUUCGGGCUCGAGUCGGCAAACCCGCCCGCGUGGAACAGCGCCGGUGGCGGCUUUGGUGCGAGCGGAGCGGAGGGGUCCCACUGGCAGAACUACAAAUCACGGCCCAUCUUCUAUCUCACGCCAGCAGACCGCGACCUUGUCAUCUCCCGGAUGACGGAGAACAACCAGCUGUCUACGAUCAACCCUGGAUAUCCGCUCGUUGCUGCCGAGCUGCGCAGCUUCAUGUGGGGUGCAAAGGACGCAAAGACGUGUCUUCGCCGCAAGCACUGCGACCCCCUGCGCUCGCACAAUAUCUGGGGCACGAUGCAGGAGUACAACACGUCGCAGGAAGUGGUCAUGGUGACGGCACAGAUGGACUCGCUCGCCUUCUUCCACGACCAGGCCAUUGGCGCCAACGCCGACGCCUCCGGACUGGUUGCGCUGAUUGCUGCUGCGCGCCUGCUCGGCGACCCCAUGAACAGCGCCAUCCGCACAGCACAGAAGAACAUCAUGUUUGUGCUCUUCAACGGGGAGUCGUUUGGAUACAUUGGCUCGUCCCGCAUGGCCUACCAGAUGACCCGCAUCCCAAGCAACUUCCCCUCCGCUGCUCUCCCGUUGACGUUUGACCAGAUUCCGUAUCUGCUUGAGAUUGGACAGCUCCUCAGUGGCGGCGAAGACAUCACCGCGUACUCGUACAGAAACUCUGCGCGCGUGCAGGAGGUGACGGGUUUCCUGCAGACGGCGGCGGCGAAUCUGACAUCCAAUAUGAACGUCGACUAUCAGGCCGGCGCUGAUAUCCCACCAGCGUCACUGCGGAUGAUUCUUCAUGAGUUUCGAAACGAAACGAAACGGGAGGAGUUUGGGGGCGUCUUCAUCACAGACCACCCGGCAUCCGGCUUUACAAACUCGUUUUAUCACAGCCGAUUGGACAAUGCCGACUACAUUGACGCGUCAUCAAACGCCACCGUGGAGAAGCUGUGCAACGUGUCGUCGGUGCUGGCCAAGUCGCUGUGGUCGAUGGCGUUUGAGACAGAGCCGCCAAUGCCGCUCCAGCAGGCAGACUGCGACUUUGUGCGUGAGCUGCUGUAUUGCAUCACGGUCGACCAGACGUGUCAGCUGGUGAAGGAUUCCGUUAACGUCAUUGAGAACACGCCCUCGCCCAUUUCCCGUUAUGUCGGCGUGAAACCAACAGCAGGAACUCUCACCAGGCCUGUUGGCUUCUUCUUCAACCAACUCGCUGCCGCCAUUGCCGUGGAUCGCAACGUCACUUACAACAGCACCGACGGCUGCACCGCAAACGGGCGUGCGCCGGACUAUCAGCGGAUUCGGUGGCGCGGUACGGAUGUGUGCUACCUGAGCGCAACCUUCACGCACCUUGCGUGGUCGCCUGCGUUUGACGGGUACUACAGCCUCAAGCCCCUCGGCACUCCCUCCUUCGACUACCGCGAUGGCAGAGACCCAAGGUGGUCGACAUGGACAGAGUCCACGUGGGACCCGAUCAAGGGCCGCCUGUUCUUCGUCGAUGCGCCACACGCGGAGCUUGGCACGGUGCUUGGCGGGCUGGCCUGGUUCUUCCUAUCCCUGGGCAUCGUGUACUACCUCAGCACCCACAUCACCUACGACUCGCACUCCUUGCUUGACCCAGAUGGCAACUGAUGCCCGUGCCAGUGCUUGCGUUGCUGUGUUGUUGUGCGUGUGUGCGUGUGCGUGUGUGCUUGCGUUGCUGUGUUGUUGUGCGUGUGUGUGUGUCUGUGUGUGUGUGCGUGUCUGUGUGUGUGUGUGUGUCUGUCUGUUUCUCUCUGCUGUGGUUCUUCUCAAGGAAAUUUUGCCUUUGUUCCGA